AUGAAUGUCCGACACCCGACCUCCACGCUGGACAGGUUGAGCAGUCUGACAUUAGGAGACUCUGAGCGCAGGUCUUCUCCUGGCCAGCAGAGGGAAACACUGCCUGAUCUCUCUUCAGACAACACCGGAACGGGUUUGGUCCAAAGAUGCGUGGUCGUGCAGAGGGACAAUCUGGGGUUUGGCUUCACGGUGUGCGGAGAGAGAAUCAAACUGGUGCAGAACGUCCGGCCGGGUGGAGCAGCGGUGAAGGCUGGAGUUCAGGAAGGAGACCGAAUCAUUAAGGUCAAUGGCUCCAUGGUUUCCUCCAUGUCCCAUCAGGAAGUGGUGAAGAUGAUCAAAUCUGGGACGUAUGUAGCACUGACUCUUCAAGGCCCGCCUCCUUCAGUCGCAUCCACCCCACUGCAGCCCCUUCCUUCUGACCUCCUGUCCAAUCACAGGACAGCACCGGGUGAAGCCCCACCUCUUCCACAGACUCCACCCACAGGAAGCAGCACCCCAACUCAGAGGAUCACAGGACCCAAACCUUUACAGGACCCUGAGGUGCAGAAACACGCCACAGAAAUCCUCCGAAAGAUGCUGGAGCAGGAGGAGGCCGAGCUGCAGAAUCUUCUGGAGGAGCAGUCCAGAAACCCCUCAGUUUCAUUAGAGGAGCGGAUCGAACGUGCCAAACGAAGAGCCAGUCAGGUCAGAGUGAAGAUCCAGCAGGACGUGGACGGCACUCGAUCAGAUGCAGUCGCUAACUAUCUCACAGCAGGAGAAGGCCGACUGUCCAUAGACUCCAGUGAAGGAGACGUGGAGGUGUGUGAGAGCCCCUUCUCCUCUCCAUCAUCCUUCCUCAGGAACCCCCUGACCCACCGGCGGACCUCCGACACGCACACCUCUGAUUCGGGAAAGAUGCAGAUCAUUGGACCAGAGGAAGAAGAGGAGGAUGAUGGGUACACGAUCAAUGAGAUGGACGGGCCGUUUCAGGACAUCGAGCUGCUGAAGAGUCGUCCGGCACACAUGACGGUGUUCAUGAGAUACGUCUUCGGUCAGCUGCUGGAUCCAAACCCACUGCUGUUUUACCUGUCGGUGGAGGCGUAUCUGGGUUCGAGCCCGAAAGACGCCCGGUCACUCGCCCCGCAGAUCUGCUCACACUUCCUGGACCAUGAUGCUCCUCUGAAGAUCAAAGUGCGUGAGGAGUUUCUGACUGAUAUCGAGAAUCGUCUUCAUGCUCAGGAGGACAUUCGAGGACCUCUUUCUGAACUACAGCAGCAGGUGCUUCCAGAUAUCCAGGAUCAGCUGCAGGACUACAGGAAUAAGCAGACGAUGGGUCUGGGCUCUCUUUUUGGAGAGUCUGACCUGCAGCAGCUGGAUGGAGACCCUGUCAAAGAGAAGCAGGUGGUGGACAAACAGAUUGUGGCCCUCUGGGAAAUACUCUCAAAACAUGAGGAGGACAGAAGUUCUCCUUUAGCAUCUGCCGUUCAUCUAUAUCUCCGACAUUCGGGAAUUAAACUCAGAGACUCCAAAGUGUUUCCCGGCUUGAUGUCCGAGAAGGAAAAGUGGCUUCCUUUCUUUCCCAAAGCCAAAAAGCUGAGCAGCGCAAAACGAGAGAGAGAUGGAGAGGACAAGAAGAGAAACCCCAUACUGAAGUACAUCGGCAAACCCAGGAGCACAUCGCAGUCCGCAGUUCGUCCGGGCAGCGUCAGGAACAUCAUUCAGCAGUUUGAGAGUAAUUCCGACUCUCUGGAGGACGGAGAGCUGGAGGGGCAGAGAUUGUCCGGCAGCUUCGGGGAGGACAGUAUGGAGAGUCCGACCAUCUCAGUGCGUUUGGCUCGCAGCGAGUCCUUAAAAGCUCAGGGGGAGGGGCGUCGGCGAGGAGGCGGGACGGGGGCAGAGUUUGUUCCUCGUUCCCGUAGUGAUGUGGACAUGGAGGACUGUGAGGAGAGGGAGGGGCCAGGACUGAGGCCGUUACAUCACAGCGCAUCAUCAUCAGCCUCCAGCAGCUCCGCACGGUCGUUGGAGAACCCGACGCCGCCGUACACGCCUCGGUCUCAGCGCAGGAUUGUGGAAGUUCCGGUGUCUCUGUUACCUGACGCUCCGGCUCUGGAUGAGGACGUGAUCGACUCGCACAACUGGCAGGACACAGUGGAGCCGCACAUAUUAGCAUCGCUAACGUCACGAGAGAUCGACAGACAGGCUGUCAUCUACGAGCUGUUCACAACAGAAGUUUCUCAUCUGCGAACACUGAGGGUUCUUGAUCAGGUGUUUUAUCAGAAGAUGCAGAGCGUCCUCAGUCCAGAAGAGCUAUCCUGUAUUUUCCUGAACCUCCGUCAAGUCUAUGAGCUGCACGCAAGUUUAUGUGAGUCCAUGAAGAAGUGCAGAGAAUCAGUGAUAGUUCAGGGCAUUGGAGACAUCAUGCUGGCCAGAUUUGAGGGAGAGGCUGGAGAUCAGUUUGAGGAGCAGGUUUCGCAUCUGUGCAGUCAACAGAGUCCAGCGCUGGAGCUCAUCAAGAACAAACAGCGAAAAGACCCUCGAUUCGCCCACCUCAUACAGGAGUGUGAGGCCAGUCCUCACUGCCGGCGGCUGCAGCUGAAGGAUCUGCUGGUGUCAGAGAUGCAGCGCUUGACCAAAUAUCCACUGCUGCUGGACAACAUCAUCAAAUACACAGAGACAAGUUCUCCUGAUCUGCCGCUCCUCCGGAGAGCUCAGGCGUGCUGUCGUGGGAUUCUGCAGGAAGUGAAUGAGGACGUGAGGGAGACUGAACACCGGCAUUUGCUCAGCCAAUACCAGCGCAGACUGGAUGCCACGCCUCUGGAGAGACUGGCCAAUCCCGUCGCAGCGCAGUUUAGGAAUCUGGAUCUCACCACCAAGAGGAUGGUCCACGAGGGGCCGCUCACGUGGAGAGUCGGCAAAGACAAAGCCAUUGAGAUCCAGGCGCUGCUGCUCUCAGACCUGCUGCUCUUGCUCCAGCGGGGGCCGGACGACAGGCUCAUCCUGCGAUGUCCGUCACGCUCGCUGGGCGGAGUUACAGACCUCAAAACACCCUUCUGUCCUGUGGUUUGCCUCAAUUCCUGCCUCGUCCGCCCCGUCGCCACAGACAAUAAAGCGCUGUAUGUGAUCAGCACAUCCGAGAGGCAGAUCUAUGAGCUGGUGGCCGGAACGUUACUGGAGAAAAACACUUGGAAAGACCAGCUGGAAAAGACAAUCUCUGCAGCCGCUCAAGGAGGAUCAACCAAACCAAACACACCACGUUUCAGGUCUCCAGGUGCGGGUGUGAGAUUAUCUGCCGAUCAGUCAGAAGGCUCUGAAUCCCGCAUGUAUCCAGACAGAGAGGAUGAGAUGGUUCUCUCUCCUGUCGUCACACCGGCUGAUGCAGCUGAAGAGUGUCCGGAUGAAGAUCCAGACGCGGGCCAGAAAAACAAAGCUGGAGUGGCUGAAUCUGCUCUCCAGGACGUGGAAACUCUGCGGCAGCUGAUCUUCCGAGACCUGGAGGAUGGGUGGAGUCAAGAUUCAGAUGACACGCCCACUAACGAAACAGCCAAUGAGAGGAGUCCGUUCACAGACAGACCGGGAAAUGAGUCAUCUGAUCCUGCCCCCAGCGAAAGUUCUAGCCAAUGGGAGGAGGAGCCUGUGGAAGCUCCGCCUCUGGAGGUGCUGCAGCCUGCUGUUCAGGUGGUGAGGAAAGCUGUGGGUGUGGGCUGUUCUCUUCCUGAUGACAUCACCGAUGAUGUCACCGCCAGCCAAUCGUCUGAGGACGGAGGAAACCUGUUCUAUCUGGUGAUGUCGACGGAUCAGGGUGUUUCAGACGAGAGCACCACAGACGAGCUCAAAGAUCUUCAUCACUCUGUGUUUUCGUCAUCUUUUAUCAAUGAGGAGGAGGAGCAGGACACGCCCUGUCUAUCGCCAACUGACCAAUCACUGAUCGAGAGCCAGGGUCACAGACCAGGCCUCAGCCAAUCACAGAGCAGCGUCCAGCGUCAUGUGAUCAAAAAUGUGGAUGAGAUCUUCAACACUAUGGAGGAGCUGAUGAAGAAACUGCAGCACCUGAGGGACAUUGAAGCGGAUCACCACAAACUCCUGAAGAAACUACGCAAACCACUUCCUGUUGACAAAAUGUCUAGUGAUGGGGUCCACAAAUCUCCAACAGCGGCGCGACUCUCUUCACUGGACCGCGGAGCAGGAGAUGGUAAGGAGGGCGUCUCAACGGAACCAGCUCAACCUCAAAUCCAGUCCACUGGUUUCUGA